AUGUGUUCCCUAUGGUCUGGAUUAACCUUUGCUGUUCUUUUAGGACUUCUGUAUCUGCUAAAUAAAAGAAUGAAAGGAACAGCAAAUGUUGUAUGUCCCUCAUUUUUCAUGAAUUCAACAACCCUUCACCCAGAAUUACAUCUUUCAGAAAUGGACACAGUUCUCUCAAAUUAUAAAAUCAGUGAAAUAAAUUCAGAAAAUGAAGAGAAACAAUUCAAGAGAUUUAAAGGAGUAGUGUCAAAGAAUCCGUUAAACAGGCAUAAAAAUUCGAUAUUUGAAGUUGGAUUUACAUUCGAUGUGAUCGCUGAUGUAGGAAACAACCAGGUUCUCUUUCAAGUUGGUGUAGCCAAACGAGACUUAGUUGAUUUGGACGCUACCCUGGGCAUUCAUGAACAGGCUUGGUCAAUAGCGGCAGUUGGUUGUGAAAAUCAAUAUAUUUGUUUAAUAGCUCAAUCUGAUGGAAAAGACAUUGAGAAAUUACCAAUAUCUGAAAAUAAAAUAAAUUCUACGGUCUCCAAGAAAAUCAUAUUUCAGUGCAUCCCUUCAAAGAAAAUAUUAAUGGUUUCAAUUAACACACCUGAACAUAAGUUUGUCCAGUUUGAAGACAUUGCAUUAAACAAAGACUUACGUUCAGCACUUGCUAUAUACAAUCCAACACUUGCUAGAACUACCCUUACAGUACUUCAAACAAGCUCUCUAGAAUUGGACAUAACGACUCUUCACAGGCUUAUUUUUAUGUCUGAGGAUAACAAUACUAUUUCAAACUUCAAGGUAAAUGAAAAGUUCACAAGGAGAAAUAACAGAGGAAAUCUAAUCAAAUACAAGGGUGUUAUAGGCGAUGUACAGUUCAACAGGAAGUUCUAUACUGGGUUACCUGAAUACUUUGAAGUGAUAGCGGCUGUGGAUGUAAUUGCCUAUGAUACUGGAACACAGGGAUACAUAUUUGAAAUAGGGUUUACGCGUCAGCAUUUAGUUGACCGGGGAAAUACCAUUCGAUAUCUGGCCACUGGAUGGGUAAUUUGUGCAAAGAGAUGCAAACAAGACAGAAACGCUAUCUGUCUUCAAACGUGGCACGACGGUCAGAUGAAAGAGGAAUUUAGUAUUUAUAAUCUCGGUAGAUCAAAAAGAUACAAAGACGAAAUUGUUCUUGGAUUUGUUCUGGAUUCCAAUAGAGGAACAAUUAAGUUUAGCAAAAGAUCUCCAAAGAAGCAUAUAGGUUCCUUCAAUAAUGUACCUUUUAGCAAAGGAAUUUACCCUGUAUUUGGUAUUGACUACCACCAAAAAGUAUCCUUGAGAUUACAGACUGCCGAAUCAAUUUCACGGUUUAGCUUGUUUGGAUACCAUUUCAAGACACCCGUUUGUUUGUUAUGA